UUAGCGGGCUGGGGGGACAAGGAAACACCCCCUCCCCCUGGAGCAGGACGCCCCCUAGAGCGGCUGGCUGCGGCAACAGCCCGCCUCCCAUUGGCGGACACCGGGAGGGGCACGUGGUGCUCGCGGGCGCCGUGACGUCAUGGCCCCUGUUUACCGGGCGGCCGCAGCGUGACUGAGCCCGGCGGCAGCGUGACGCAAUGGAGUGGGACGGCGCGAGCUCGGUGAUGAAAUCCUCUCGUGGGUUCAAAAACAAACCCCGGAGGCAAGUUGUAUAAAACGCCCCGCUGUUAAAUCCUCCCUCGAGGUCUCUCUGGUUCAAGUGAAGAUUCCUCAUCCAUCACCUUCCCCCUCAGCUGGUUCUGGGAUUUCCUCAGAUGGAUGCCACUUGAUGAUAUCAUCCUCCAUACCACACUCCAAGCGUUUAUCUCAGGUGAGCAAGAAAAUGUAGUGGAACAGAAGCAGGGAAGAGCCUCAAGCGGUGGAACAGAGGGUUCUGUCUGCUUGGGAUUUCACCCUCCCUGUCACACUGUCUCACAAUGUCAAAGAAGGGUGCCAGUAUUCGAGCUAAGGGAGAAAAGCCUGAUGCCUUAGCUGCCUUACAAGCUGCCAAUGAAGAGCUCAGGGCAAAACUCACAGACAUUCAAAUCGAGCUCCAACAAGAAAAGAGUAAGGUCAGCAAGUUGGAAAGGGAGAAAAACCAGGGAGUUAAGCAGAUCAAAGAGCACGAACAGCAUAAAAGCACAGUCUUGGUAACAGAACUUAAAGCCAAACUUCAUGAAGAAAAAAUGAAGGAACUCCAGUCUGUUCGAGAAGCACUUUUGAGACAACAUGAAGCUGAGCUUCUUAGAGUCAUAAAAAUUAAAGAUAAUGAAAUCCAGAGACUACAGGCCCUUCUUAAUACAGUACGAGAUGGGGCUCCUGAUAAGGUUAAAACAAUGCUUCUCACAGAAGCAAAGGAAGAGGCCAAGAAAGGGUUUGAAGUGGAGAAAAUAAAAAUGCAGCAGGAAAUUUCAGAGCUAAAGGGGGCUAAAAAGCAAGUGGAAGAAGCUUUAACUUUGGUCAUACAAGCUGACAAAAUUAAAGCAGCAGAGAUAAGGAGUGUCUAUCACUUACACCAAGAGGAAAUCAGCAGGAUCAAGAGAGAGUGUGAAAGAGAGAUCCGCAGACUGAUGGAGGAGAUAAAAUUUAAAGACAGAGCAGUCUACGUGCUGGAAAGAGAGUUAGGGGUUCAAGCCGGGCAUGCUCAGAGACUUCAGCUCCAAAAGGAGGCUUUAGAUGAACAACUUUCCCAGAUCAAAGAGUCUGAUCGGCAUCUGAGCAGCCCCAAACGGGAACUUCCUUAUGCAAGUGGUGCAGGAGACGCUUCAGAUCAUUCAGGAAGCCCCGAACAGCAGCUGGAUGAAAAGGAUGCCCGUCGUUUCCAACUUAAAAUUGCUGAGCUAAGUGCAAUCAUCAGGAAGCUGGAAGAUCGGAAUGCACUGCUGUCAGAAGAAAGAAAUGAGCUUCUAAAACGUCUGAGAGAAGCAGAAAGUCAAUACAAACCCCUCCUGGAUAAAAAUAAACGACUCAGUAGGAAGAAUGAAGAUCUGUCACAUGCCUUACGCCGAAUGGAAAAUAAAUUGAAAUUUGUAACACAAGAGAACAUUGAAAUGAGGCAAAGAGCUGGGACAAUAAGGAGACCGAGCUCUUUAAAUGACCUUGACCAUAGUCAAGAAGAAAGAGAAGUUGAAUUUCUGAGACUACAAAUUAUUGAACAGCAAAAUAUUAUAGAUGAACUCUCUAAGACUCUUGAAACUGCUGGCUAUGUGAAGAGUGUAAUAGAACGUGAUAAGCUUUUAAGGUACAGGAAACAAAGGAAAAAAAUGACAAAAAUUCCUAAGAAGCCGGUGGUGGAGACAUUUUUUGGCUAUGAUGAAGAAGCUUCCCUUGAGUCUGAUGGUUCUUCUAUCUCGUAUCAGACUGACAGAACAGAUCAAACUCCUUGCACUCCUGAUGAUGACUUGGAAGAGGGUAUGGCCAAAGAAGAAACAGAACUGAGAUUUCGGCAGUUGACAAUGGAAUAUCAAGCUUUGCAACGAGCAUAUGCUCUGUUGCAAGAACAGGUCGGAGGAACAUUGGAUGCAGAACGAGAAGUUAAGACGCGUGAGCAGCUCCAAGCAGAAAUACAUAGAUCCCAGACUCAAAUAGAAGACCUAGAGAAGGCACUUGCUGAGCAGGGACAGGACAUGAAGUGGAUUGAAGAAAAACAAGCAUUAUACAGAAGAAAUCAAGAACUUGUAGAGAAGAUAAAACAAAUGGAAACAGAAGAAGCUCGACUAAAACAUGAUGUCCAGGAUGUUAAAGAUCAAAAUGAACUCCUGGAAUUCAGAAUACUAGAGCUUGAAGAGAGAGAAAGAAGAUCACCUGCUAUCAACUUUCAUCACAUUCCUUUUACUGAAGGGAAAAGUCCUCUCCAAGUUUACUGUGAGGCAGAAGGUGUAACAGAUAUUCUAGUAGCAGAGCUGAUGAAAAAAUUGGAUAUUUUAGGGGAUAACGCCAAUCUGACCAAUGAAGAGCAAGUGGUUGUCAUACAAGCAAGGACAGUUCUCACACUGGCCGAAAAGUGGCUACAGCAGAUAGAAGUGACAGAAUCUGCACUGCAGCAAAAGAUGCUAGACCUUGAGAAUGAAAAGGAGCUGUUUAGUAAGCAAAAAGGUUAUUUGGAUGAUGAACUUGACUACCGGAAACAGUCCUUGGAUCAAGCACACAAGCAAAUUCUGGAAUUAGAAGCCAUGCUGUAUGAUGCCCUGCAGCAAGAAGCCGGAGCCAAAAUCUCUGAAAUUCUUUCACAAGAGGAGAAAGACAAGUUGAAGAGUGCUGUAGAACAAUGGAAACGCCAGGUUAUGAGUGAACUCCGAGAGAGGGAUGCCCAGAUUCUGCGUGAAAGAAUGGAACUCAUUCAACAUGCACAACAGAGAAUUAAGGAGCUAGAAGAAAGAAUUGAAGGUCAAAAAAGACAAAUAAAAGAAUUAGAGGAAAAGCAUACAGAAGAAGCUAGAAAUGCUUAUACUGUUAUUGAGCAAGACAACUUUGGUUGCCAAGAUGGAAAAGGACAUUACAAUUUCAAGAUAUUCAAAUAUAUAUUCUAUUUUGUCACUGAAGAUUUAAUUUUUUUGACCAUUUUAGACAGAAGAUGAAUUAGGAUUUGUGGGAAUUUCUUAAUCUGGAGUCUGCUUCUUUGGCAUCUCUGACUGUACAUUUUUAUAAGCUAGAAUUAGAACUGAAAAAGAAGAAAGCCAAAAAAGACAUUUUAUUAAGUAUUACAGGCUUCUUUAAGGGAAGCCCCAUCUCUGCUGCUUGAAAUAAAGGCUUUACAUAAAGAGCAGUAUACUAAUUCAGAUAAAGUGAAUAUAUUUUGGUUCCCUGCUAAGCAGGUAGUAAACUGCUUCUGUAAAGAAGUAAUCAUGUCCUGUUUUUUGUCACCCAUUUAUAUUUGUUAUUUGUAGUUAUUUAAAUAUAUGUCUUGAAGGAAGUUUUAAAAAGAGUUCCAGAUUAGUCAUGGAUGAAAACAUAAAUGUGAAUUGAAGUGUUUUGUUCCAAGAUGUUUUGCAUUCAUUUCAAAUGGAAAGUAGAACUAAUUUGUUUGAUGAAAAUUCAGAAGAAUGUGUUUCUUUUCCGUAACACAGGGUAUGUAUCAUGAUUUGCUGAAUAUCCCAUUUACUUGGUGAGUGAGAAGCAUGUGGCUAAAUACUUUGAGCCUUCAGAAUUUAAAGUUUGCAUUUUGUUCUGAGGUUUUAGUAAACCAAUUUUUGCAGCACUAAGAGAAAAAUGGCACAACUAUAUGUAAUUUACUUAAGUUCCUGAAUGGCAAUGGAGCAUUUAUCAUCCAACUGGAACUUUCAACCUGAAAAGGAAAUAAAAAUGAAAAUGUCUCCUCACGAUCCACAUGUCCAGAGCACUGGAAGAUGGAAUUUUGUAAAGGAAGAGGAAGGUAUGAUUAAUUUGAGGGGGCAAAGAGACACAAGUAAUGAAGGAAGAAAAUCCCAGAAUGUAUCUUUUGGAUUUAAAAAUGACAGAUAACAAAAAUCAUGUCCUCUUUAAAAACAUGCAUGAAGAAAGAAAAAUCAGAAAGAAAGCACAAAGAUGUAUUUCACCAAAAAGAAACAAAAGCAACAGAAACUAAAUGCCGAAAUCAGGAUUUACCAACGAUUAUAUGAAAAGCAGCUCAUCUGGCCUUCUCCACAAAUACGAUGUGUUUAAAACAAAGACAUGAUUAAGAAAAUAUGUCUCUUGUUUUGGAAGAUGAGAGAAAGAAGAGAAACUGAAUUACUGAAAGAGAGAAAACAGCAAGUGGAUGCAUCCUUGUCUAACUGUGAUUUUAAUUGAGAUUUAUCUAAUUCAGUCUACCAAAUCCCAAAUUGUUCUGGACUAAAUAUCACCAUGCUGGAGAGAUCAUCUCUUUUGUAGCUAUUUCUUGUGUUUAUUUAACUCUGUAGGUACCUGCACUGCUUCCAGGAGUUGUUUGCUUAGUAACAGAGUUAAGAAAAAAAAAGUCCUCAGUAUUUAAAUGCUAUAAAAUCCACAGUUGUUGACACUUCUAAUAUAUAUAUGUUUCAAACUGAACUGGAUACAUAGAAUGUAAACAAGCACACAAAAGGAACAGAACCUACAAAAAAGAUGAGAAAAAUGUAUUGCUUAUAAAAAUGUUAUAUUUGUAGCAUAUUAGCAUGAAAAAAAAAUUAAAUCAAAAGGUUUGAGUUUUGAUACGGAAAUAUGACCAUAUAAUAGAAGUAAUUCUACUAAUUCUAGUUGGACAGGCUAUAAAGACCAAUAUUGGGAUUUGCAUAGCUGUACUAAACAUUUUACUUUUGCAAUCCAUGCUUACAGUAUAGUUUAAUUCUAAAUGUACAGUUGAUUUCUAUGUAGAUACAUGCUUUCUUAAAGUAUUUUAUUUACUUGGAACAAUGGCAAAUAGUAUAACAUCUUUAUCAAAAAUAUGACUGAACUCUAAUUAGGAAACCUUUGGAUUAAAGUUUGAUGGAAUGUACUAUGCAGGCAUCUGUAAAAAUGCCUUAAAUGGAAUGCCUGACCAUAGAGACCUAAUGUUCCAGGUGAGCUUAGGAAUUCAAAUGCUGCUACUGGUGAGGAUAUGCAUGGUAAUAUUUGAUGCACUGGUUAGAAGUUUAGAAUGUAAAGACAAGUAUAUUUGAAACUAGCUUAAAUACAUUUCAUUUUUGUUUACACAGGCCAUGCUCUUGCAUGUUGUAUAUAUGUCUAGAAUUCAGUUCUAUUUCUUCAUAAUUUACUCAUUCUUAAUCUCUGCUUUUUUAAAAAAAAAAAGUUAAGUGUACAGGACAGAAAAGCAUGUAAAUAAGUGAUUAUGCUAACGAAACUUUUAAUGUUUAUAUGUAAAAAAGUUAUGUACAUACAAAAGAAAAAAUGGCUCAAUGAAUGUUUUAGAAAUUAUUUCUUUUACGUGGAUGCAGAGAUGUUACAUUCAUAUACAUGUGCUACAUACUUCAAGCACAAAUUUUAUUUCACUGUCAAUUUUAAAUCAUUUUGGGCCCAAUAUUACUAACAUCCCUUAUGCUGAAUAGCACUUUCCUCCAUUCACAAUAACACUGAGGCCAAUGUCAAGUCAUUAUGGAGAAAGGCACUACUCUCCAUGAGUAAGGAUGACAGCAUCAGAUCCUGUGAUUGCUGCCAUCCUUUACACUUGUGGGUCUUGUGCACCUUUUUAAACCUGAUCCCAAAAAUAUAGGAUCACAGGAUGGGGCAUUAGCCUAAAUCUAGGUUAUUUAUAAUGAAACUUUUGAUUUAUGUAUUUAUUUUCAAACAGACCUUUUUCAUACAGACAAAAUAAAAAUAAAAACCUAAGAAACUAAAGCACUGGGCUAGAUUGUUAUGUGCACUAGGGAGUGUUUACUGCUUACCCUAACAAUCUUGUGUGGCAACUCCAAGUAAAUAAGAGUAUAGUAAGGGUUGAACAAUCCAGUCCAUCAUUUCUAAGUGUCGUUUAGAAUUUCCCAAGUCUCAACUGCUCUUUUCAGAUUAUUAUAAGGAUGAGGGCCAGAUUAAAAAAAAAAGAAUAUUAAGCUGGUUAUUAAUAUAUUAUAAGUAAGUUUUGCCUAAAAGAAUUUGAAAAGUAUGUGUAAAUGCAUUAAUUCAUAAUAAUAGAGUUUCUUAAGAGAUGCUGAAGUAGAAAUAAAUGUUCACUGUCUAGACUCUAGGUAAUACAACAUUUUGGGUUUAUAUGGCACACUAUAUUAAUUGAUGACAUAGCAUGUGCAUAGCAACACUUUUGUUUUUAUUAUGUCUAAACUAAAAUCCAUUUGAAUUGUAGCUUACUUUGUCAACACCUGUAUGUUGUGUAUUUCAGGCAUAUACCUAUUGUACAAGCUGUUGAAGGACUGUGGCUAUUAUUUGAAGUAUUCUGCUCUAGUAAUAUCUGUAGCCUUCAGUAUAUCCUUGAGUGCCUUACACAGCUUGUUAAUAAAAACACUUGUAGUUAAGAAAAUAAUAUACCAGAGAGUCAUUCUUGGUGGAUUGAUGUCAGAUCGCCACCAUUAAGAUCUUACAAUGGGCAGUGUGUUUUAGCACAGUAAUGGAUUUAGUUUAGACUCAGGAAGUCAUGUUGUGAAUACAUGUAUUAAACCAUGUAUUUAUUUAUUGUACAUUUUAUAAAAAGGUCUACUGUAAAUUUAUGCAAAAUAUAAAUUAUAUAAUAUGUUUUCUCUGAUGGCAGAUAUGCCAUCAGUUAUUUGUGUUCCUUAAUGUUAUCUUCUAAUAACCAUAUCCUUAAUACGUAAUGUUUGGUUCAGUGCUGAAGCAGUAAUUGACAGGCCUAAAAUAGGACUGUAUGUUGAUCAACUACAAAAUUUUACACAUAUUUUUGUAUUGUGAUUCAUAUGAUAUAUAUCAAGAGACUUUCUAUUCAUUUGUAAAAUACAUAAAGUAUUGUAAACUUUUAAUAAAAAAGUCUGUUUUAAACCU